CUACUGGAUAAUCAAAAAAAAAAGAAUCUUCAGAGAUCAUCUUCAGCCCGUAUGCUGGUCAACCUGGUGUGCUGCCUGGCCGCGGUACUUGGUAUACCGGCAAAUCUCUUCGUCUUGAUUGCAAUUUUCUAUUUCCGGGACAUGCGAACAAUAUCCAAUAUUUAUAUUGGAAAUCUUGCUGUAGCUGAUUUACUAUUUCUCGCUGGCACUCCGAUCGUUAUCACACAAUCUAUAACAAGAGAUUGGAAUUUUGGAAGUGUUGUAUGCAAGGGUUUCGUCACUGGAAACGGGAUUUCACAGUUCGCUUCAGCGAUGUUCAUCGCAGUACUAUCAUUGGAUCGUUUUUUGGCCGUAUGUCGCCCAACUCGGGCCUCAGUACUGCGAACUCGCCGAGCUGCUAUUGCUGCCGUCGUUUUUGCUUGGGCCAUCGUAAUUUUGGAGAUCACGCCACUAUUCAUGUUUGUGAAGCUCAUAAAGAGUUCUAGCAGUAUUACUUUACUUGUUUUUUCAUCUCAGAUUACGAACAAGUUGAAUAACUUGUUUAGGUUCUUUACAACAUACACUUUCACAUUGAGUUAUCUACUACCAUUAAUUGCCAUAUGGAUUUUCUAUGCGAAAAUCAUACGUAAACUUUGGCAACGACGUCAUCGAAUGCAUCUGAAGCGAAAGAUGUCGAAGCGAAAAACUACAAAGGUUACCAUUAUGGGUCUUUCGAUUGUCAUAUCCUAUACACUCUGCUGGUUACCAUAUUGGUUAAUACAGUGGUCCAUAGCACUGAAUAUUGGGAAUUUAUCAAUUCUAACGUGUGCAUCAUAUGCAGCAUUUGCAUUACUAUACAUUAAUCGUGCUGUGAAUCCCUUCAUAUACGUGUUCCUGUCGGAAUCAUUCAAACGAAAUGUAAUAACUCUAAGUAGAAAUGAAAAGAAAAUAAGUCAAAUUCCUUCGACCCGAUGCCGUCACACAGUACGGAGGUAG